CGCCCUCCCUGGCAUGAGCUCCGUCCUGAAGGGCUUCCAGGUGGGCAGGGCGGGCGAGACGAGGUGUCCGCCUGGUAAUCCUUGCACUGAGUGGCACACGUACUGCAGGAGAAAUGGGCAAGAAGACAAUGGAGUGAAGGAGAAGACUGUAGCAGCGGGACUGCAGCAAGGUCCAUUGGGCCACUGCUUGUGUUGAGGAUGACAUUAGGAACAGAAAUUACUAGCCAGCUUAAGGCUUCUUCAUACAUAGCAUCAGGCCGAAACCUUUUGAGAUGGGACCUGUCACCAGAGGAAAUUAGAACAAGAACAGAAGAACUUAUCAGGAAGACAAAGCAUGUCUAUGACAGAGUCGGGAUGCUUGAUAUUGAAGAAGUAACACAUGAAAAUACUGUACGGGCUUUGGCAGACAUAGAAGUGGAAUACGCAGUGGAAAGAAGCAUGUUGGAUUUUCCCCAGCACAUUUCACCUGACAAAGAGGUACGCUUAGCAAGUACAGAAGCUGACAAAAAGCUUUCUAAUUUCGAUGUGGAGAUGAGCAUGAGAGAAGAUGUGUUUCAGAAGAUUGUUUAUUUACAGCAAAACUGCAAUCUUGAAAAUGUAAAGCCUGAAACAAAGCGAUAUCUAGAGAAAUCAGUCCAAGUGGGAAAAAGAAAUGGACUCCAUCUUCCUAAAGAAGUACUGAAUGAAAUAAAGACAAUGAAGAAAAAAUUGAAUGAGCUGUGUAUAGACUUUAACAAAAACCUGAAUGAGGACAACACAUUUCUUGUAUUUCCUAGGGAAGAACUUGAUGGCCUUCCUGAUGACUUUAUUAAUAGUUUAGAGAAGACUGAGGAAGACAAAUAUAAAGUAACCUUGAAAUAUCCCCACUAUUUUCCUGUUAUGAAGAAGUGCUGCAUUUCAGAAACAAGGAGAAAAAUGGAAUCUGCCUUUAACUCGAGAUGCAAAGAGGAGAACACAAAAAUUCUUCAGCAAUUGCUUCCACUACGGGCAAAAGUAGCAGAGCUUCUUGGUUAUAAUACACAUGCCAACUUUGUCCUGGAGGUAAACACUGCAAAGAGCACAGAUAAUGUAACAACCUUCUUAGAUGAUUUGAGUAAGAAGCUCAAGCCACUGGUUGAAGAAGAAAGAGAAUUCAUUUUAGAUUUGAAGAAAAAGGAGUGUCAAGAAAGAAACUUUGAUUAUGAUGGAAGAAUCAAUGCAUGGGAUCUUCAUUAUUAUAUGAACAAAACUGAAGAGCUGAAGUACUCUAUAGAUCAAGAAAAACUGAAGGAAUACUUCCCAAUUGAGGCUGUUACAGAAGGCUUACUGAAUAUUUACCAGGAGCUGCUGGGACUUGUAUUUGAGCAAGUAGAAAGUGCUCAUGUUUGGCAUGACAGUGUUACUCUUUAUGCAGUAAAGGAUAAAUCAACAGGAGAAAUGUUAGGGCAGUUCUAUUUGGAUCUUUACCCCAGAGAGGGAAAGUAUGGGCAUGCAGCAUGCUUUGGUCUACAGCCCGGCUGUCUCCUUUCUGAUGGCAGCAGAUUGAUGUCUGUUGCUGCUCUGGUAACCAACUUCACAAAACCAGCAUUGGAUCGUCCAUCAUUACUGCGACAUGAUGAAGUAAAGACUUACUUCCAUGAAUUUGGUCACGUAAUGCAUCAGAUAUGUGCACAGACUGAUUUUGCUAGGUUUAGUGGAACUAAUGUGGAAACAGAUUUUGUAGAGGUACCUUCACAAAUGUUUGAAAACUGGGUGUGGCAGAAAGAGCCACUACAGCAAAUGUCAAGACAUUAUAAAGAUGAAACCCAUGUUGGAGACACUCUCCUUGAGAAACUUGCUGCCUCUAGACUGGCUAAUUCAGGCCUUUUAACCCUCCGUCAGAUUGUUUUGAGCAAAGUUGACCAGGCACUGCAUACAAAGCUAUCUGUUGACCCAGCGGAUGAAUAUGCUAAAUACUGUAUGGAGAUUCUAGGAAUUCCUGCCACUCCAGGAACAAACAUGCCAGCUACUUUUGGACAUCUGGCAGGUGGUUAUGAUGGUCAGUACUAUGGAUACCUGUGGAGUGAAGUGUUUUCCAUGGAUAUCUUUUAUAGCUGCUUUAAGCAAGAGGGAAUAAUGAAUCCAAAGGCUGGGAUGAAAUACAGAAACCUUAUUUUGAAACCUGGAGGAUCUUUGGAUGGAAUGGAUAUGCUGCAAAAUUUCUUGGGGCGUAAACCAAGCCAAAGAGCUUUCUUAUUGAGAACAGGGUCAUUCUCUUUCCUGUCAAGCAUGGUAAACCCUGCAUAAGGCCAGCCACAGGCCCCUCCACCAUUUCUGCUGGAAGAUAGUGAGCAAGGGAGGGAUUGAACAAGCAUGAAUCUGCAGAAAGUUAUAAACCACAUCUGAAGAUCUUCCGAUUUACUGGCAAAUCAACUUCUUUUUUACUUCAUGUUGUUUUCUGUAUGCACUUUACUCUGCUAGAGACUUUCAGCAGUCCCCCUUAACCUGAAGAAGUAACGUCUGGUCUGAAGAACUUAAGAACUUCUGGCUCUUAAGAAUUUAACCACAAUAAUCCAUGGUAAAAGUAUGGAUUAAGUCUAAGGUGGCUGGCCUUCCUCUCUUUCGUUCCCUAGGAAUGACAUUAGGUUUGGUUGACUUCUUAGGAAAUUGCAUAAAUCACAAAUUGGUUUCAUUUUAGCCAUCAGCUAUCCAGUGCAGUUAGCUCUUAUUAGAGCUGUACCUAGGAACCUCUCUGCCAUGAACACAAAAAGGGAAGAGGUCUUCCUAAAUGAUCUGUUCAGUCUGAAUGGAAAGAUAACAUGAUAAAUGAGUUGGAAUGCAGUGGAUCAGAUUUUUUAGGAGAAAAUUUAAGGGGAGGGGUGUGAUAUUCUCACCUAGGUAAAACAUAAAUUUAGUAUACAAGGGUAAGCUUGGUGUGGUGAAGAAAUGACAUGUUAAAAAGGGGGUUUUCUCCCAAAGAUGUGUGAAAAUAGAAUUCCAGACCCUUUAUGAGAGAUACAUUCUGUGAAGGAAAAAAACCAACAACCAAAACCCACCCUCAGUUGUUACAGAAAACUAAUGGUGAACACUGAGAAAACACAAGAGAAUUGCAAGACUUAUCUAGGAUCACGGGAAAAUGAGUCUGCAUUACAGGGAAAGAUUUAUCUGCACACCAGAGAAAAAUCCAGUCAGUUUAGUCAUAUAACUAUGUCUCAUAGACUAUAUCCUGGACAGAAGGAGAUAUACUACAAAACCAUUCAUAGGUUUCAUGGCAAAAAAGUCAGUCUCAAGUGGAAAGUCCUACCUGGGUUCUUCAAAAGCAUGUCUAAAGCCUGGGCAUUGUAAAUUCUUAAAUUACAAUAGUUGCCCAGGCUGGAAUGGCAAGAGUUACGUUGGCAAAUCACAUAUUAUCUUCAUGGGCAAAUACCCAUUGUGAACUACAAGGGCAUUCUCAGGGUGUGCAUAGAUCUGGUUCAAAACGCAAAAGCUCAGCUUUAAUUGAAAUUGGCCAGAGAGGUCAAAAACCACAAGCAAGGGUUUUUCAGGUACAUAAACAACAAGCAGAAACAGAAGGAAAAUAUUGGCCUGCUAUUGAGCAGGAGAGGUGAAUUAGUCACCAACAGUGCUGAAAAGGCAGAGGUUCUCAACACUUUCUACACCUCUGUCUUCACCAGCACUGGUAUUAGGAACAAAAAUCCAGGCUGAUGCAAACAGAGGUGCUGUCAGUGAAGGUAGAGCUGUUAGGAGCUUGUAGAAGCUUGACCCUACAAUUUGAUGAGCCCUGACAGUAUCCCCCCAAGGGUGUCAAGAGAGCUGGCUGAUGUCAUUGUGAGGCCAGUCUCCAUAAUCUUUUAGAAGCUGAGGAGAUAAGAGGAUGUUCCAGAAGGCUGGAAGAAAGCUAUUGUCACCCCUAUCUACAAGAAGGACUUAAAGGAGGGUCCAGGAAAAUAUGGAUCCAUCGAUCUUCCUGCUGUCCCUGGGAAAGUUACAGAACUAAUCUUCCUGGAGGCUAUCAAAUGUCAGAUGAAGCGCAUGACUGGGAAAAGGCAGCGUGGUUUCACCAAGGGCAAAUUGUGCUUGACAAACCUGGUCACCUUCUACAACACAGCAACCUGCUCAAUUGAUGUGGGGUAAGCAGUGGACAUUGUUUACCUGGAUUUUUCCGAGGCUUUCAAUAACGCUCUUGGUACUGCUUUCUACAGCCUCCUCUGGAGAAACUGUUGCAUUACAGUCUAGACAAGUGGUCUGUCGGGUGAGUCUGUCUGGCUGACCCAAGGCACCCAAAAUGGUGUGGGAAAUCACUCCUGUUCAAACCAGCAACAAGUGAGGUCCUCCAGGGAUUGAUACUGGGCUCAGCACAAUUUAAUACCUUCAUAAAUGGUCUGGAAGAUGGGAUCAAGUGUACCCUGAUGAAGUUUUCCAAUAAUAACAAACUACAUGAGGAAGUGGAUGCUUGGGAAGGGAAUGCUACCCUGCAGGAACACCUGGAUAAGAUGGAAGAGUGGGCUAAUGAGAACAGUGUGAAGUUCAACAAAGACAAGUGUAAGAUCUUGCAUCCAGGAAAGCAUAAUCCAGGAAUGCAGCACAGGGUGGGAUCUACCCGGCUUGGGAGCAGCUCUGUGGGAAGGGAGCUGGGGAUCCUGGUGGAUAGGCAGCUCAGUCUGAGUGGCCAGUGUGCUCCUGCAGCAAAGAAAGGCAACAGGAUGGGUGGCUUCAACAAGGGCUUCGCUAGCAGAGGUGAAGAAUUAUCCCACUUUGCCCAGUGCUUGUCAGAAAUCAUUAUUCCACCCUACUUGCUGGUUGUCAGGCCUCAGCUGGAACACUGUUCAGUUUUGGUCCCUGGUGCACAAAACAGAUGUUCACAGGCUGGAGAGGGUGCAGAGGAGGCCCACAAAGACAAUCAAAGGCCUGGGAAGCCUGGCAUGUGAAGAAAGGCUCAGGGAACUGGGGUUGUUCGGCCUUGAGGAGCUUGAAGGCACAGGGGAGACCUUAUCCCUCUGUUCCAGUAUUUAAAGAGUGGCUACAAAAAAGAUGGAGAUUCUCUUUUUAGGAGGAGCCACAUGGAGAAGAAGAGGGGUAAUGGGUACAAGUUACUGCUGAGGAGAUUCCAGUUGGAUGCAAGAAGAAAAAUUUUAACAGAACAAUAGGCCAUUGGAAUAUCUCCCCAGGGAAGUGAUGGAUUCUGCAACUUUGGACACUGUUAAGAUCCAUGUGGAGAGGGUGCUGGGCCAUCUUGUGUAGACCAUGCUUUUGCAUGGACCAGAUAAUAUUUGAUGUCCUCUUACAGCCUGGUAUUCUGUGAUUCUUAAGUGUCUUGAAAUUAGAAGAUAACUGACAAGGAUCCAAGAUACAGACUGUUUCUGCAGCAGAAGGGUACCAUUUCUUCUUGGUGUCCAAAGGUGAUGGAGUCCCUUGGUUUUGAAAAGGUGACAGAGUGAGUAGCUUUGUGUUUUCAAUUCUUUUAGCUCUGGACAUUCCACACCCAAAGCAGAGACUGCAAAUUACUAUCUCUAAACAAAAAGAGGAAAAGAGAAAAUCAAGUCCCUUUAAGCGCGCUCUGGGCUGGAGAAACCUCAGAGACUAGAAAUUCUACUUGCCUGAUACACGUAUGUGAUUAAUUUGGGCUCAGUUCUCUAACUCAGCACGCUGUUUGGGAACCUGCAAAGGUGUGAUUUCUUAGGCCACUGUAGUAUAAUUUGCUAAAUAAAUCCCCAAUGUGUCUAUUAAAGUAGCAUUUGUUUAGUUAUCAACAAAGUUCCCAAAACAUUAAAAAUUAUUAUUGAAACAUUUUUUUUAUUGUUGCUGGCCCACAUCUGUAACAAAAAUGAUGCUUCUCUGGAUUACUUUCCCAUGAUAACAAAGAUGUUUCAGUUGCUGAUAUAAUUUUCCUUUAUUUAAUUUUGUACAACAUUAAUUAAAAUGGAAAGUUUCAUCAAAGGUCACUGCUGACUUCAUUAAUAAGAAAGCAGUUUUGGUUUGUGCAGAAGCACUAUGAUAAGAUAGAAUUUAACACAGAAGAUAAAUUUAGGCAGCAGCAGAAUUGGAAAUUUCAGAAGUAAAAUUUUAGAUGUAAAAGAAUAAAUGAAUCAUUUCUAGUGUUGAGUGUCUCACUAAGGAUUUUAUUGCGGAGCUUAGCAUCUAACUGAUAUGAUAUUUCCUAAUUUUGAGGCAUUUCUUAUUUUAUAUUGCCUUUUUCUCUUCUGCUAUGUGCUAAAUAUCCUCAGAGGAGAAAUUUUGUCAAAGGGAGGCUGUUCAGUUUGUUUAAUAAAACAAAUAAGUAUUUUAUUUGUGAAAUAUUGCUGUAUGUCAUAAAAAUCAACAAGAUGUCUUAGAAAACAAGAGACUUAAUUUUCUCCUAUAGACUUAAUGAAAAAGAAUUUCCUUAGUUUAAAAGGAAGGACAAGAGAAUAUAAUUUUCUUCUUGAUAUUUAAUUAGAUUUGGCUGUUGCACAAUUUUAUUGAUAAUUGGAUAAUAUUGUGAGUUCAGGCUGGUGAAUUCUGAAAUGGUUGUAAGAGUGUUUGAAAACUUUUUGUAUGUGACUUGCAAAUUGAUACUUCAAUGUAAGCAACAGUGCACCUUGGCAUAAUAUAUGAUUCUUUUGAUAUGUCUUUAGUAGGUAAUAAUAUUUCUGUGCUCACUUUUAAUCAGAUUGUCAUUAGAGAACCUGAACCAUCUUACAUUGCAAAUACAGGUUGAGCAUGAAGGUUACAAGUUCCCUUCAUGUCUUUUCGUAAAUCCUGGCAAUGUCUUGUGCUCUGGUAGCAGUUUUGCCUCUGUGAACCCUCUUUACCUGUGUUGUGGCUACUUCCGCCUUGAAAUAUUUUAUGUUUGUGAGUACAUUUUUUUUUAUUCUGCCUGACAGUAAAGGAAGGAAUGAAUAUAAAUAACCACUUGAUUUUUCCCCAAGGACAAAGUACAACUCCUCUAUGUGUAACCUAUAUUAACAGUAUUUCAUAGCUGCAAUUUUACAUGUUAAAAUACAGAGUCCAAAGCUAGUUAUUUAAGUGAUGUAUUAAGUUAUUUAGUUAUUUAAGUUGAUUUUCAGAGAAUGAGGAUCUAGUGAGCUCAGUGAGAGCUGAGAACCAAUAUUCAAGUGCUGUAGAUGGUUUAAUUUUGGGGGAAAAAGGAAUAAUUUUCAGCCAGAAAAGUAGAAGAUGCUUGUUAUGACUGCGGGAGAUUUGAAUAUGAAUAGGGAGAGAUCAGUAAAGUGAUGAUAAAAUUUCCCUUCACCAAAAGAACUUUAUAGCUCUGACUUUUCACCAGAAAACACAAACAUGAAUGCAUCAUUUAUUAUAAACACAAAAAUAUAAAAUUAAGGUAUUUCUUGUCUAUUAUACAAAGAGACAUAUAAAGUACUAGAGUAAUAAUCAUAUGGCGAAAGCAACAAUAUUCCAGGUUAUUUUUGCUGACUAGUGCAUUUGCAGUGACUAAAAUGCACAAAAGGAAUUGCUAUGGAAAGAAUUACUUAUUUUGCAUGCUUUCUCAACAUACCCACCAACAUGUUUUCAUGUCCACCCUUACUUUGAGAGCACUUGAGCAAAUGCUCUGAUGAUUAAAGAUAAAAAUUGAAAUAAAUUCUAAGCCUUGUAAUUUGUUACUUUUGGCUCUGAAUUUUCUUAUAACAAGGUAAUGAUCUUAGGUGGCCCUUUGUGCUGAACAUUUCAGUCAGUAAUGCCAUUAGUUUCACAGAUCUUAUGUGCUGGUGCUGUUGUGGUUGUCAGUGAGGGACUAGAUUGUCAGUCUGGGAGGAAAAAGAAAAGAAGUCCCUGACGUGGAGAGAAAUACAUUUCACAAGGACACAAUGACUAACACUAGGAAACAAAGGGCAAAAGUACAUUUUGGUUUUAAUUAUAUAGUCCACUGAGAUCAUAAAGGAAAUAAUGAGAUACUUUCUAGAUAAUCUUUUCUACAGCACAGAUUUAAGUGCAGAACUUACAAUAGCUCACAAGGUACAGUUUGUUUUUUAGAUUUAAGAUCUAGAAAAAUUGUUCAGUCAGUUCCCUUGUGGAUUGUUCCUUCUGCACUAAUAACAGGGAGCUCUGUCUGGCUUCCUUAUCUGCUGCCAGAAAAUUCACCACUGAGGGCACAGAAGGGACAAGCUGCACUUCCACAUUUCUGCUGGUUUAUCUUGCUGUAGCCUGAGUGGGUUAGCAGCUGUUACUGUAGUCUGCCCAACUUCAGCUCGGUGGUUGUGGCCUGAAGGGAGCUCUUGCAUGGGAUAAAAUGACUCGUUUGCAGUUGAGCCCAGUCUAACCUGUGGGAGGUUCAAGCAUUUCAAGGGAUUUUGGAGAUUUUUAGCUAUUUAACUGCAGCAGGUUUUUACUGAACUGCAUAUUCUUAGAGGUAUAUAACCAGGCCAAAUUCAGGCGUAUCUUCAUGACAAAAGCAGAAAGGACAUUUCAAUACAAUUUUUGUUCUCUGCCAUGUUUCAAAUCUUACUUUAAAGCGUCACUAUCAGAUGUUUUUAAUUGUUGAAAUAAUAUGUAUAAUACUUUGAUUUCAGAGACAGCCAAAAUGAUUCAGGGAACAUUUUCCUCACUGAAAUCAGCCUGGGGAGCAUAUUCAGCAUGAAGAACUUCAGCUCAAACUGUUACAGUUCAGCAAAUUUAAAAGAAAUUGAAAAUAGGUCAUUAUAAUAGGACUUGUUGGGCAGCCUAACUUGCAGUCAGGUCUGCAAGCCCAAACUAUAGUUUACUACAUGUAGAAAGUAACUUCUCAGUUUAGGUGAGAGUUCAUAAAAGUAGGUGAGAAGGAGGUUUUUGGAAUGGUUUAUCAGAGUUGGUACUGGUUGAAAUGUUUUAAUAUUUUUAAUUGGAGCUUUGGAUUUCAAUAUAAUCUUUUUUUCUCAACAUUUAUUUCAUGAGAUUUUUUUGUAUCAUUUAGAUUUUGGUCAGUGGUAGAACUUGAAAAAUUCCUGACAUAUUAGCUAAGAACUAUUCACUGAAAUAUUAAUGGAGAAAAUUAUUUUUUUUUUUUCAUUGAGAUGCUUACAGACAUAUUGCUUUCCAUAAAAACCAGAUUUUUGUAAUAGAAUGGCCAGGUUUAGAGUUUUACUCUAACAUGAAUAAGAUGUGUUUUCAGGUAGCUGUUGGAUGGAAAUGAAUCCUCAGCAGGGAUUCUCUGAUAACAGGUCUGCUAAAAGCCAGUGGAGCUUUGUUAAGUCAGCUGUCUGCUCAGCAUGAAUUUACAGAAUAAAUGAACUGUGAGGUUCACCAAAUAUUUAAAUGUCUGCUAAGGUAACUUUAAGAAGAGAAAAUAUCUCUGUGUAAGGGAUAGAUUUAUUUCAGCCAUCCUAUUAAUAUUAAUAAUUAAUAUGUGUUGUACUUCCUCUGCGUUCUCAUUUAGACCUGAAAUCUCACAGUGUGGCAAGAGCUGUAAAGCUAAAGCCUGAAGGACAGUAUCAAGACAGUUAUUUCAAACUGUAGUAUGUUCAAAAACAGUGGUAUGGCAUCAAAGCCAGAGUUGUGAAUUACUGGUGAGAAGAAUUACUGACAAGGCUGCUGCUGCAAGUGAAAUGGGCUGGAUAUCUAUGCGGCUGCUCCUCUGUGUCUAACACUUGGAGACGUGGAUAAAAGGAUGACACACAAAUGUAGAUGUCACAGACUAAGAAAGGAUCAAAGGGCAGGAAAGCAACUUGCCAAAUGACAACAGUGUGUAUGUGCUGUGUAUGUAUGGAAGAUGUGUUGAAACUAAAAGUGGGACAACACUUGCGUGGGUAGUAAUUGUAGGACCAAAACAGAAGGUGAUUAUAAUCUUCAGCUUCAGAGUUAAUUCUUCCAUGAUAGUCAAAUCUGAUAUGAUACUUUAACUUUUGCAAGUGGGAACAUGAAAAGAUAUAAUUCAUAUCAAGAUUAUGAAUUAGAGUAAAUGAGAUAUUGGUAAGACAACUGUCUGUUUAUAAACAGGAUAUAAAUAACAGAUUGAGGUUAAAAAUAUUUAUUGCUAUGGGAGGAUGGAGGAAGGGAAUACAACUUUAUCCAAAUACUUGUUUCGUUUCCAGAUAUAUAGUAAGAUCUUUAAUCUUAUUUAUGCUGGUGUAAUGUAAUACAUCAAAAAACCUUCUCCAAUUGUUCCAGGGGCACUGAAUCGUAACAGCUCUGGGUUUUCCAGUGUGAUUAAAGGAAGGUAGAAAUAGUUCUGUUCUUGCUGCCAAAAAUCUUGCUGAGAUUUAUUGAUGGAAUUUGUGGUGCCAAGAAUGCCAUGCCAAGUGCUCUGCUGCAGGAAGGCAAGUAGCCUCACUAAGUUAUUUCAUAAAAUGGUUUGCCAGGUUGGUCACAGCAAAUAAAAAAUACAUGA